AUUGAAUAGAAUAUAUACAUAUAUAUAGUCUUACGAACAAGCACUUCGUUUUUCAUUUGAACAUUUUCAAACAUGGUUUAAUUAUGGAUUAUCAUUAAUAUCAUCAGGUCAAUCAUUUCGUGCUUAUCUUAUAUUAAAAGAAUGUUUAAGAAUGCAACCAAAAAAUCUUCAAGUUUAUUUACAACUUGCUAAAAUAAUUUUUGAAUAUAUAUAUGAUUUUCCAUCAUUAUUUGAAACAUUUCCAUCAACUGUUCAAGAUGGACAAACAUUAUAUCAACAACAAUAUUAUUUAAAUCAACAUGAACAAUGA